UCCCUAAUUGAUAUUUCCUCGUUAAAAGAAAAAAAAAACCCGUAGUCCUCUAAAUCAAUAAGAAAAACAUUUAAAUAAUUUUUUCCUUGACAACAAACCUUGGUAGUAUUUUUUAAUUCCACCAGAAAAAGUUUACAAUCUCCGAGGUAAGUUUUGAUAAAUUUCCUCCCUCUAUUCAAUCACCGGACAACGCUCCAAGCACCAGCUUUUCUACACUUCCUUCUCGGGUAGCAGGGUCCUUUCUCUCCUCAAUUUCAUUUAUACCCAGGUAAAGAGUAAAAGAGAUAUGAACCCGUUGACACUAGUGAAGCGCAUUCAGAAAAUCAAUUCAAGAGAAGCUGCGUUAGGCAUCAGCGAACAAGCUUCAUGGCAUACCAAAUACAAAGAUUCCGCGUAUGUUUUCGUUGGUGGCAUUCCCUUUGAUCUCACUGAGGGUGAUCUCCUCGCCGUUUUCGCUCAAUAUGGGGAGGUUGUUGAUGUUAAUCUCGUUAGAGACAAAGAUACCGGAAAAUCAAAGGGUUUUGCGUUCCUUGCAUAUGAAGAUCAAAGAAGCACUAAUCUUGCAGUCGAUAAUCUGAAUGGAGCUCAGGUUUUAGGUAGGAUUAUUAGGGUGGAUCAUGUUGAUAAGUAUAAGAAGAAGGAGGAGGAAGAUGAAGAGACAGAGCGGCAGAAAAGGGAGGCCCGUGGUGUUUGUCGAGCUUUCCAAAAAGGGGAAUGUACUCGUGGAGCAGGAUGCAAAUUUUCUCAUGAUGAGCAAAGAGCUGCAAAUACUGGUUGGGGUGAGAAGGAAAAUUCAAAAUGGGACAAUGACAAAUAUGAUGGUCCCACAAAAGACAGAAGACAUGACAUCAACCAAUCAAAUCGCUUUCCAGAAACUAGAGACAGAGACUCACGCCCCAGAGCCCAUAGCAAUACGAUGGCAUUAGACAACCAAUCCAAGCGAAGUGAUAGAAGAGAGGAAAAGAUGCCGCGGAGGCAUAAUGACGAUGAACUUGAACAUCGGCCAAAAGAAGAUCAACAUAGGAGAGAAGAAAAAAGAUCAAGGAAUGAUUACAGCGAUAGGGAACCUGAGCCAAGAGAUCACAGAAGGGAAGAUAGAAGAUCAAUAAAGCGAGAUGAUGUAGAGUUUGAGCCCAGGUCAAGAGAUUCUGAUGUAAGAGAAGACAAAAGACUGAGUAGGCAGGAUGUUGAUGAUUAUAGAAGCAAGUCAAAAGAAAUGCAUGGUAACCGGGAGGAGAGAAGAUCAAGAAAACACACCGAAGAUGACUAUGUGCCAAGGUCAAGAGAAGAUCAUGAUAGGAAGCAUGGUAGCCGGGAAGAGAGGAGAUCAAGAAAGCACACUGAGGAUGAAUCUGUACCAAGGUCAAGAGAAGAUCAUGAUGGGAAGCAAGAUAACGUAUCAUAUAGAAAUAAUACUCAUCGUUCUGAAUCAAAAGGAAGAUAUGAUUCUGACCGAAGAGAAGAAAAGAGGCCAGGAAGGUAAUGGCAGUUGUGAGGUCUGGUUUAUCAUGGACAACAAGAAAGAGUAUUGGAGUAAGUUCAUUGAUAUUUGUGAACCUGAAUUGAUGCUUACUUAUAAUAUUUCCUUAAUCAUUUUGUCUGUAAUACGAUUUAAUUGUACUUUCAUAAGAGCUUUUCCUGUUUUAGUUGUGUUAUUUAAA